AGUUUCCUAAUAUCAUUAAGCCCAUUCCAUAUAGAAAACAUAUAAUCAUAGUUUCCUAAUCUUUUAAAUAAACCUAUUUCAAAUAGAGAAAAUUUUCCUAAAAUCAUUAAGCCUAUUCCAUAUAGAAAACGGAUUUACUGAUUGCUAUAUAUAACUAAAGGUGGGAUACAUCAAAAUUUCAACACAUAAAAAAUUUGUCAACAAAAUAUUAGGUUAAGUCGUUAAGUAAUAGUUGCUAGGUUAAUUAACAUGAAGAUCACCACGGAAAAUGAAGAAUGGGAAUUAAAUCCUAAAAAACUCAGAGUCAAAAAACUCAUUGGCUAUGGAGGUUUUGGAUCAGUUUAUGCAGGUGUUUAUGAUGGAAAAAAAGUCGCUGGUACGUACUAACUUUUUUUUCGAUAGGUUCAAUUUUUAGUAUUGUUAAUAUUAUGGAUUCAAAGAGUAGUAUGCAUAAUUUUAUAUAUAUAAAAAAGAAUUGGUGAACUUUUAAUUAAAAUACAUUCUUUGUAUGAAUUUCAGUUAAAAUAUUUGAUUUGGAAGAUAAGAAGAAGAAUUCAUCAGAAGGAUUGAUGGAAGAGGUAUUCAUGCAAGAAGUUUCUAUUUGGAGCACACUUGAACACUCCAAUAUUGCAAAGGUAUAUAUCUACUUCAUUAUUUUCUCUUUUUCCUUAUAAUAUUAUUCGUUUAUUUACAAAGUUAACUUCCCAUCUAUUUAAGCAUUAUUAUUUGAAAUAGACGUAACACAUGUAUAUGUCGUUUAAUUUGACACCAACUAGCAUAACACUCUUUAAUUUUGGUUGUGCACUCGUAGACAUAUAAACUUAUAUAAUCAAACAAAUUGACACAUUCAUCCUGUACGGUAUCCUACAUGACAAUUUUGUAUCUUAUGUGAUAUCUUACAUGUAUUAUAUGCGACGUAGAACUUGUGUGUCUAUUUAUUCAAUUUUUAACAAAUUUAUGUAUCUACUUAUGCAUAAUCAAAGUAGAAAGACCUACCAUACAUGUCAGUUUGAAAGAUAUUUAUUCAUUAUGAUUUAUGCCUUUUGAAAUAUUGUCCUUUCUUUUCUUAUUGAGCCUAUAAUAGAAUAUUAGCUGAUAACAAUUAAAUAUAUUAAUUUUGUGCAGUUUAUUGGAGCUAUAAAAAAGAAUGAUAUGUCAAAGAUAAAAAUGAAGUGUCAAAAAGGUUCAGUAAAUGGAUGCUGCAUUGUUGUGGAAUAUGUUAGUGGAGGAACUCUUACAUCCUAUCUUUCAAAAUACACACUGAAGAAGAAGUUACCUUUGGAUACUAUUCUUCAGCUUGCAAUCGAUGUUGUUAAAGGAUUAAGUUACCUUCAUUCAGAAAAGAUUGCUCAUAGAGAUGUGAAGACUGAAAAUUUACUUCUUGACAAAACUGGAAGAGUGAAGAUAAUUGAUUUUGGAAUAUCAAGUCAUUUUUUUUCUCUUGGCUUGAAUUAUUCUCCUAUGAUGGUUGGAACAAGUGGGACUAUUGGUUACAUGGCUCCGGAGGUUUUGAGCGAAGUGUCGUAUGAUCAUAAGUGUGACGUCUAUAGCUUUGGAAUUUGCUUGUGGGAAAUGUAUACUUGUUUAGAUCCAUAUCCUGAACACAUUUCUCGUAGUAAAAUCUCACAUCAACUUUAUAAGGAUCGAAGGCCUGAGAUACCAAAAUGUUGUCCAACAGCAUUGUCGGAUAUAAUGAAAAGAUGUUGGGAUGUAAAGCCACAGAACAGGCCAGAGAUGAAGGAAGUGUUGCAAAUGUUAGAAGGCAUUCAAACAAGUACAGAAAGAAGAAAACAAAAGCACAUGUUUUGUAUUGCCUAGAAGAUGCACAUAGAAGAAACAAAGUGGAACAAGAGGCAAAGAUUAAACGACGAACCAAAAGCAUUGAACAGACAAAAGAAGAAGGAGAUUACAUAUAAUAUCAAAGAGACAACCAAUGAAGGCAGUGUUAAGUACUAUUAAUUGUGAAAAGCACCGUAUUAACAAAAUAUCCUUUACAUUAUAUAGUUAGUCUUUUUGACAUUGUUGUUGUAACAUCAAAACACUUAUUAUUAAUGAAAAACAUUUAUUCUGAAAAAACGUGUUUAGGUAAUCAAUAAAAAUGCUUUUAAAUAGGAGUAGAAGCCUUUUUUUUUUUUUUGCUGUAGGGCAGAAGCAGAAGCAAAGAAGUGUUUGUUUCUAACAGAAAAAUAUAAUAUUUGGGUAAAUCAUGUAUGUUUAGUUGAUAGGAAAGUUCUUGGCUUGUUAGAAGAAAAGGAAGGACUUUUUGGUGCCCUCUAAUCCCAAUAUAUCAAACUGUUCAAAAUCUUGAAAACACAGAAAGCAUGGUCAUUGAAUGACAGAGACCACAGUGUAUCAUCAAAUCAUUCACUGAUUGAACAUCAAUGAAAAUAAAUAAAUACUAAAAAACAUAGUACCACAAUGAACCCAGAACUCUAAAAUGUACAUGAUAUUGUUUAACUAACCUUGGCUUUACUAUUAUCUUCAACUCUUUUAAAGAACUCAUACUAUAAUCCAUAUAGUCAUGGGUGGUGGUGCUACAACAUUACUUAUGGGUCGAUACUAUAAUCCCUAGUCAAGGGUGGUGCUACAACUUUACUUAUGGGCCGGUAGAAUCGAGUAGGUUUGCUUAAAUCAUGUAUUUAUGUUAUAGGUUCAUUUAAUACAUAUAAAUACAAUUAACAUAUUUAGUAUCAUCUCACAAGCAAAUUCUGGAAUAGGUGACAUACAUGCGGAAUAAUAAGAAGCAAGGUUGCAAGGAAAUAAACGGCAAAAUAACAAAAAGCAGCAGAUAGUAACAAAUAAUUUAUCAAAAACUUAAUGAAAAGUAUUUUCUUGAUUCCAUAACCAUAUUGCUAACAAGUGACUUAGUCUGCACAUGCUACUUCACUGCCACUCAUCAGCUAGAACUAAAGCAAAAGAAAAUGAAAACAGUGCAUUGAAUGGUACUUAUCAGCUUUCCUUUUAUAUGUGCUUGCUUCCCAGGUUAGGUUUCACAGUUCUUACCUCAAAUGUUAAAAGAACCAAAAUAAAAAAGUUUGUUUAAUUAUUGGCUCCUCAUUCUUUCUUCCCUAUUUAUUGCAACUCAUUAUUCAAUGGUGAUGCUGUAAUCAGCUAAUCAGCUGCACUUACUUCACUUAGUUCAACUUUAGCCUAAUGCUAAAAGUCAAUGAAAGGCUUCAUUUCUUUGGAUGGAUGAAUUCAGAAACCCUUGCAGGGUCCAAUAGAAAAUCAAGCUCUUCUUUUUGGAUAAUAAGAAAAACUUUUUUGGUCACAGUGCUCCCAAGCAGGAGCGGAGCCAGAGUUUCUAUAACGAAGUUCAAAUUAUAUAUGAAAAGUAAACACGCGAAAAAGAUCAAAAUGGUUUAAUUUUUGUCCUACUUGGCCGUGCCCCUAACGCUUCCCUAUCCAUGAAAGUAGUUAACUACUCAUACAUUUUAUCAUGUACUAUAUAUAAUUUAUUUAAGUUUUGUUCACUAACAUAAAUUUCAAUUUUUUUUUGGUACUGAAUCUAUCAGACAUUGAUUCUGUGUACUUAUUUCUUGAAUUUAAAAACUAAAAAGAAUUUAAAGAAAGAUUUUCCUUCUUGUCCAGUUCCAGAAUAUGACCAAAAGGGGGAAUAGGUGGCUCUGCAGUCUAGGCAUCCACAAUUUUUCCCUGUUAAUUAACCUGCAAUUGCUAUAGGCUGCUGUAUUCAGGUGUCACUCAGAACCUAAAAAGGGUACUUCCAGUUUCAUUUCAAGAUUUGAAGCAACGUGUACAUAGAGAACAAGAAAGAAAGAAAAUAGAUACUGUAAAUCAUAAGGUGAAUUGAGUUGUCAAAACAAGACUAGAACAACUAAGCAAAAUAAAAUUGAAAGAAAAAA